CGUUAUGGAUACGGCGGCUGGAUUGAGAUCAAGCACGAGAGCGAAAAGACUGCCGUGCUCAGCUACGAUGACGGGCGAUUCUUCAGGCGCAUCGAGUCCAACUGCUGGAGCGUCGAAGACCGGAUUGCCGACAUGGACAGAACUGGUGUCACAGUUCAAGCUCUGUCUUCCACACCGGUACUGUUCGGCUACUCGGCCAAGCCCGAUGACGCGCUGGACUUCAACCGACUACAGAACGAUUUCGUGGCUUCGAUGGUGAACCAACGUCCGGACCGGUUCGUCGGUCUAUGCACCGUGCCGAUGCAAAGUCCGCAGCUGUCCUGCGAAGAGCUGAAGCGGUGCGUCACCCAGCUGGGCAUGCACGGCGUCAUUAUUGGCUCGCACGUCAACGAAUGGACGCUGGCAGACCGAGCACUCGACCCUUUUUACAAGACAGUUCAAGAACUCGGUGUAGGGCUCUUUGUGCAUCCUUGGGACAUGCCGCCUUCGAAACGCUAUGACAAGUACUGGAUGCAGUGGCUCGUCGGCAUGCCCGCUGAGACUACAGCUUCCAUCUGCGAAGUGAUCUUCGGUGGACUCCUCGAGAGGUUUCCUAGGCUCAAGCUCUGCUUCGCCCACGGCGCUGGCUCGUUUCCCUACACUGUUGGGAGGAUACAGCACGGUUUCGAUGUGCGACCUGACCUUUGCGCGGUCGACAACAAGAUUCCGCCAAAAAGCUACCUGGGCGAGAUCUACGCCGACUCGCUGGUGCACAGUCACGGAUCCCUGAGGCUUCUACUGGACGUACUCGGGGAGGACCGAGUGAUGCUGGGAAGUGACUACCCCUACCCUCUGGGAGAAAUAGAGAGACCCGGCAGACUGAUCGAGACCAGUGGCUUGCAAGAUUCACUCAAGGAGAAGCUGCUGUGGAAGAAUGCCGCAAGCUUUCUUGGAAUUGAGGUGACCCCCGAAGGCGUCACUUCUAGGACGUAGGAGCAUGCUAAUCGACCUCUUCCUUAAUAAAGUCGUAGCUAUAGAUGCAAAGCCAAA